AUGGCCGCGCGAAAGCUGCAGCAAGAGAUUGACAAGGAGGACAAGAAAGUGGCCGAAGGCGUCGUUGUCUUCGAGGGCAUUUACGAAAAGCUCGUAGAAUGCACGAAUCCGUCGCAAAAGGAGAAGCUCGAGGACUCGUUGAAGAAGGAAAUCAAGAAGCUCCAGCGGUCUCGAGACAAGUACAAGACAUGGCAUUCCAUGAACGACAUCAAGGACAAGGCUCCUCUAGCCGACAAGAGGAAGCUAAUAGAAACGCAAAUGGAGAAAUUCAAAGCCGUCGAGAAGGAGAUGAAGACCAAGGCCUUUUCCAAAGAAGGCCUGUCCGCUGCCGCCAAGCUCGAUCCCAAGGAGAAGGAGAAGCAGGAAGUAAUAUCAUUUCUGGGCGACAUGGUCGAGGAGCUCUCGCAGCAAAUCGAGACAUACGAAGCAGAGGCCGAGACAUUAGGAGCCACAACGAAGAGGGGCAAGAAGGCAGACACUGGCAAGAUUGAGCGGAAAGAGGAGCUGGAGCGGAUGCAGGAGCGGCAUAAGUUCCAUAUAGGCAAGUUGGAGGUACUGAAACGCGCGUUGGACAACGGCAGCGUGGAUGUCGAGCAAGUCAAGGAGAUCGAGGAUGGCAUCAAGUACUAUGUGGAGCAGAACCAAGAAGUCGACUUCAUGGAGGACGACGCACUCUACGACGAGCUCGAUCUGGACAAAGAGGAGGACAUGUUCGGUAUAGGAAACAUCGAUGACAAGGUCUCUAGUCAAGACGCGCAAAGCAUACAAGACGAACCUCCCGAGGCCGAAGCACCGCGAAAUACAACCACAAGCACAAAGGCGAAGUCACAGUCAGUGUCCGGAUCUGCAGCAGGAGGCCGGCGAGCUAGUACGCAAGCCAGCAGCAGUACACCUCUACCUGCUCUCUCGACACUACAUACAAGUCUACCGGGCAACGUCAACGGGAAGGCGGCAGAGACGAUGAAGCCGGCGCCCUUACCCUCAAUACCUACUGGCCAGCCGUUGAAGUACGCAUCUGCUGCUGCAGCGGCUGCCGCGAGCGACAAGAACGGGGUCGGUAUAGCGCCUCUGCCCCCGCCUCCUGGAGCAGCCAAAGCAAACGAGUCGCCAUCGUCAACAGCAGCGUCUGUACAGCCCGUGCCUCCACCAGCUGAAGCGGCAAAGCCGGCAGAACAGCCUGCGAAACAACCCACUCCUGCUCCCAAGGAAGAGCCGAAGCCAGCAGAACCAGCGGAAGCGGCACCCCCUCAACCUGCAAAGGCACCGUCGGUCAAGCCAUCACCUCAGGCAGCGCCUGUGCAACCCUCACAACCGCCACAAAUCAAGGCAUCAAAGGCACCACAGCCCCCUAGUCCGGACUCCGGUAUCGCAGGUAUUGCGUCAACGCAGGGCGAUUCUUCUCAAGACGACGACGAAGAGGAGUGCAUCUACCAUCUCCCAUCCUCGCUCACUGACCUCUUGGACUCAUUCGAGGAGACCAAGCAGAGGGCGCAGUCGGAUCAGCCCUACGAUCUGAACAUGCUGAAUGCUUCACGCCUCACUUGUCCGACACCGCACGACUCGGAGAAGCCCAACCACUACAAGCCGCAAAAUCCGUACAACUACACACCAGCACACUACCCGCAGGAGCCUUCGAGUGUGUUUGAUGAUCCAAGGCUGUACAAUCGAAUCGACACUGACAGCCUGUUCUACGCCUUCUACUACCGACAAGGCACCUACCAGCAGUACCUCGCUGCCAAGGCGCUCAAGGGCCAGAGCUGGCGGUUCCACAAGCAGUAUCAGACUUGGUUCCAGCGGCAUGAGGAGCCGAAGAACAUUACGGAAGAGUUCGAGCAAGGCACGUACCGAUUCUUCGACUACGAGAGCACCUGGAUGAACCGGAGAAAGGCAGACUUCAAGUUUGCCUACAAGUUCCUCGAAGACGAUCUUUGA